AUGGAUAAUCAUAUGGAUAAGAACGAUGAGGACAAGAGGUCGUCAUCUCCGGAUUCUCAACAUCAAGUUAUAAUAAACAUGCCACAUGGUCGUGUUGUGUAUCUUCAAGAUGCGAAUUUGGGCGCCACAGAGACGGAGGCUUCUACACAACUUGACCUACAGGAGCAUCUUUCGAAUGCGGAUCGGAUGGAGAACAAUCGGGUGACUUCUGAGCUGGAUAAUGAGCCGAGCACGAGUGCUCAAUCCACAGUUAAGCGCCAGAAAUCGGAAGAGGAUCAGAGUAUCCAGACCAAGACAGGGAUUUUAAAAAUGCCGGGAUCCCCUAAGCAGUUACAUAAUGUACUGGAAGUAAUCUGUCGCUUCUCACGCGAUAUCCCUAAUGCAAUGGAGGGACGGGAGCAACCCCAACCGGCAGUGAUUGUCCAAAUACCACAAUAUCGCGAACUGGGAACCCAGACCGCUGAGUUGCCAUCCCGGUCGCAGCGAUUGCGUUUGGAUCUGACCGACCUGAGACCAGAUCCAAAUCCACCGCCCUGCGAACGCACGCAUCACACAUUCACGAUCAGUGGCAACAAUCUGCCGGGCAAUCCUCGCCAGCUUCGUCAAACGAUCUGCGCGCGAAUUGGACGCUCCAUCUGUGAUUUUGUGGCAGCCUUUUGUCUUUGUCUGCAGGUGAACAAGGAUUGUGUCUUCUGUCUGGGAUUCUUUGUGGCCUUUGUGAUCAGUGCCAGCUUUCUGACUGCCUUCUUCUACCGCACCCUCAGCUUCUCCUCGUCGCCGGUGCGAGUGGUUGCCAAUCCGGUGAGCGGCACCAUGCGCUAUGAACUUGCCACGCUGCGAUUCAACGGAGGGUACUACUACAUCUAUAAUAGCAGCCAACAAAAGUUUCUCUAAUCUAA